AUGUCUAAUCGGUUGUCUACAAGACGGCCGAACCUGUGGUCAUAUAACGGGGCCAAUCGUUUCGGUGGUCGCGGGCCGUCGCCCACCAGUCAAUGCCGAACGCCAUUACAGUCUUUGUCUCCUAUACUAAACUCUAACGACACAUACAUUUGUUGUUCAUAUAGUCCCAGAUGUUUCAUCAUUCAAAAGGUCAUGGGUUACGACGCCCUCAUUCAUACAUAUAGUGGCCCCAUUCCGACCACUCAUCUGCUGAGAACCAAGAGAUGUACAAAUCAUGACCGGAAGAGAAUCACUGGUAACACAUCCGACACCGAAGAACUCACUAAAAAAGACAAUGUGUUGGAAAAUGAAUUAAAGAUCGCCGACAAGAAAGACAAUACGAUUACUGUCUGCCAAACGACUACCACUACUAUAGCCACAGAAACCAUACAACAGAUGAACAAUCCAUUAGCCAAUGAUAAGAAUCCAAUUAUGAUCUCUAAUACACCGAACAAUAACACCAAUGAUAUUGUCAUCAAUGAUGAGUCACACGAGAAGAGCCGACACGAGAAAUCUAAUCAACUAAAUAAUCAAAUGUCGAACAAAUCGGAAGUGGAUUUACGGCGAGCCCUUCAGCAACAGUUGGAGUACUACUUCUCGCGUGAGAACCUCUCGCGUGACCAGUAUUUGAUAUCUCAGAUGGACGCGGAUCAGUACGUGUCGAUCGCCAUUGUGGCCAACUUUGAUCAAAUCAAGCGUCUGACGGACGACCGGCAACUGGUGACGGAUGUGUUGCGUCAGUCGCCGGCCGUUCAGGUGGACGAGAAGGGAGAGAAAGUGCGUCCAUUACACAAGAGGUGUGUUCUUAUACUGAGAGAAAUACCGGAGUCGACGGUCGCCAAAGACAUCGAGAAUCUGUUCAGCGGCCAGAAUUGUCCGAAGUUUGUGAACUGCGAGUUCGCGCAUAACCAGAGCUGGUAUGUGACCUUCGAGACCGAUGAGGACGCACAACGAGCUUAUAGAUACAUACGUGAAGACGUGAAAGUGUUGCCCACGACUGGCAAACCCAUUAUGGCUCGCAUCAAAGCCAAACCCAUUGUCCACUCCGUGACCAACAAUUACAAUAAGAACGGAUUCCGCCCACCAGUCGUCAGCGGACCCGGCGUUCCGUCGACAGCGACCCCCACAGCAAACAAUGGCAUAUCAAACACGACGGCCGCCGGCGCCACAGCAGCGCCCGUUUCCAGCGAGCCCUUUGUCCCCUCGAACUCGCAGCCAAUUCUCACACAACAGAACUUCACCAACACUUAUGCAAACGUGCCUACAGUCAACUUCAACUCCAGGAUAUACCCCCCAUUCUACCCGCCAACGAUGCUCCAGGCGUGGACACCGACCACUCAAGCCUGUUAUGAUCUGAGCACAGUAUUCGUUGCCAAUGGGUUGGCCCCUCACGCCUACCCGACCGCCGCCGCACCCGUGUUUGCCUCGAAGCCCACCCUUCGACCCAAUAAUAUUAAACCUCAUAUAAGUAGUCGUAAACAACAUUAUCACAUGAAUCCCAGUAAUAUUAGUCCCGCGAACACCAAUACUAAUAAUAUCGCUAAUAAUAUUAAUAAUAAUAUCAUUAAUGGCAGUACCGGUGGUUUGGCCGCACCUCUAUUGGCCAGCAAUGCAACCAAUGGUUCAGUCAUUGCCACAGAUUUAAUUGCAAAUAAUACCCACUAUAGUAGUGCUAAACAUUACUCUAACUCAAAGACUUACCAAACAAUCAGCAAUUCUGGUGGUAAUGAGAACUCAUUGAACGCCAACAUCGGUAAUGUGAUCGAUGGUGUGGUUGUUGUGAAUCCAUUGCCACCAAAACACGACGGAUUAGCUCAAAGUUCUUUGCAUACGACAUGUCUGACGAAACCACAGUUAAGCCAAAGUACGGACAACUCGUCAAAUGACAGUCGGAUGGAUAACCGGUCGAACUCGCCGUCAAUGAACACGUUUGGCCCUCAGCCCAAGAGUCGAGACAUUCGCGACACGAGAGACAAUCGGAUGAAUCGGAUCCGCAAACGAAGAGACGACAAUGAAAACCCAAUUAGUCAUUGCAGUGAUAGUUCAAGUGCUCCCAAACCCAUCGCCACCACUAGAAUAGUGGAGACCAUUACUGCACACAACGAGCCCUUCGAUCUGAAGGCCACGUCUUUCCCUCCUCUGCCCACAAAUUCUGCAAUUAUUCGCUCAAAUGAUAACAAAGACAGUGAGGAAUGUGUCGGCACUCAGUGUUCAUCGCUGGCCGAUGUCGUGAAGGGAGCCAUUCAUAAGCAGAGGGGCGACACCACCACCGGCUCUAAGCACGACCAGUCGCUCACGUCUUGUGCCACUCCUGUGCAUAGCGUUACUAACGGAUCGUUUUGUCCGAAUAAACCGAAAGACAUUAAACCGAAUUGCAGUGAAACUGAUGUAAACAGCAAUUCUGACGACAAUAAUAGUCUGAAUAACAGCGUCGACGGCGUGACCAGAAUUCGGAGGACAUCUAACUCCAGCUCUAACUCAAGUAUGUGUUGGAAAGUGAGCCCAACUAGUCAUGAAUCGGAUCACUCGCCCAACACUACUACUAAUGCAAUUCCUGCCAAAAGCCCAAACCAUUGUCCGCUAGACUCGUGUAACGUUGGAUCGGAUGCACUGACACCCGAAUGGUGCGAAUCACCGGCGAAUCAAACGAAAGACUGUUUGAAGUCGAGUGCGAUGUCGACCCCCUCUGUGCUCAACGGCAUUAACGACUCGUUUUCCAUAAACUCGGAUUCAUUUGAUGAAAACAAUUCACAUUCCAGUGCAACACCACAUACGGAGCCCUCCUCUCCCAUCUCUGUUCCCAAUUCCGUCACUAAAAUGGUUAAUAACGCCAAUCCGUUGUUUGACGCGAAUUCAAUUGAAUGCAACGGCAAUGACGACCAAAGCAACGAUGAGAGCAAUUCAGUGGUCGACUCCGAGAAUGGAGACCCGCAUCACAACAACACUUCCUCCAAACGACUCACGUAUUCAGAGAUCGCUAAGCGUUCGGCUAAAGACAAACUCAAUCAGAACAGCGACCGAACCAACGCUACCGCUGUUGUCGUCUCCAAAGACAAGGACAAGGAAUCGUUAUCUUCUAAUUCAUCCACUUCUUCGCGAGCAUCGAGUAAUCACAUCCCAUUUAAUUCCAAUCGCAAAUUCAAAGCCGUUAUCGAUCACAAGGAAAAUCGUUUAGAUAACGGUUCCAAUCGAUCACUACUUUAUCGAAAUAAAGACAUUCGUAACUCACAUGAUGUCCACGACAGGAACGACAGGUCUAUCGCUUCGAGAGUCAAAUAGAGAAACUAAUGGAUCGGAAAACUGAUUAUUUGAUUGAUUAACAAAGACUUUGAAUAUAAUUGUUCUUUUGAUU